AUGGCAGACGACACAAAGCUCGGUUCUGACGCUCUUCAGCUCGAGAAACCCACUGUUGAGACAAUGGAGGGCGGCUAUCCUGCGUCCAGGAUGAGCCCGGCACGGCGUGCUGAGGUAGAGAAGAGCAUGAAGCGCAAGCUUGACGCGCGGUGCUCGCUAUUCGUUCUGAUCUAUAUCAUGAACUAUCUCGAUCGAAACAACAUGGCCGCUGCCCGUUUGAAGGGUCUUCAGGAAGACCUCAACAUGAACUACGACGAGUACGCGACGUGUCUGAGUAUCCUGUAUGUUGGGUAUAUUCUGAUGCAGGUCCCGUCGAACAUCCUCAUCAACCGGAUCCAGAGGCCUUCGCUCUACAUCUCGUUGGUCAUGACUCUGUGGGGUCUGAUCUCGACUCUGUCAGGCGUCGUCCACAACUUUAGUGGAAUGGUUGCUAUCCGUUUCUUUCUUGGGUUCGUGGAAGCUGCUUUCCUCCCGGGAGCUCUCAUGAUCCUGUCGAAGUGGUACACUCGCAGGGAACUCACCACGCGGAAUGCGAUUCUUUUCUGUGGAAACCUCAUUUCCAACGCCUUCUCGGCCCUGAUCGGAGCCGGUGUCCUCUCCAACAUGCAGGGCGUCCUUGGCCAUGCUGCAUGGCGUUGGCUCUUCUGGAUUGAGGGCGCUGCUACAAUGACCAUCGCCAUUGCUGCUGCGAUCAUCCUCCCGGAUCUGCCCAGCAACACGCGCGGCUUCACCCAGGAAGAGCUUGAAGUCGCUCAGCUCCGAAUGACCGAGGAUGUCGGCGAGGCCGACGUUGACUCUGAGGAUUCAGGGCCGUGGGAUGGCUUCUUCAUGGCCAUCAAGGACGUCAAGAUGUAUAUCAUGAUGCUCACCCUGACAGCUUACGUGGUUGGCCUGUCGUUUAAUGCUUUCUUCCCCUCGCUUACAGAAACCCUCGGAUUCGCCUACGUGCCCACUCUGCUCAUGAGCGCUCCCCCAUGGGUUUUCUCCUGCUUGUUCUCGCUUUGCGUUGCCUGGAGCUCCGACCGAUACCAGGAGAAGUUCUGGCAUAUCGUCAUUCCCAUGCUCAUGGGCCUCGUCGGCUUCAUCAUCUGCAUGUCAACCCUCCAGACUGCUGCUCGCUACGUCGCCCUCUUCCUCCAAGCCGGCUCAUACGCUGGCUUCAUCGUCUUCUACUCCUGGAUCAGUACAUCCUUCCCGCGCCCGCCGGCAAAGCGCGCCGUCGCAAUCGCCAUGGUUAACGCAUUUAGUCAGCUUGGCAACGUUGCGGGUUCGUACGUCUGGGAUCUGAAGGAGAACGGGUACCGCAAGAGUUAUGGUAUCGUCACGGCGAUGUUUGGAGUCGCGAUUGUUGGGUGUCUGAUCUUCAAGCUCAUACUUGAAGCGUUGAAUAAGAAACUUGCUGAGGCGGAGGCUGUGGAGGUUAGUAGUGGUGCUGGUGCUGCUCAGCAGAGUGGCAUGCAUGGUGGGGAAGGGGACAUGGAUGAGAGUCUGAGGAUGCAUAAGGGAUUCAGAUAUUUGGUCUGA